GGCGGGUCAGAAAACCGGAUGAGCACCCAGAAGUUGGAGUACGACGCCGUCAUGGGCGGCCGGGUGAGCCUGCCCACGCACGUGACCACGUACUUGUACGCGGCCGGGGUGCUCCAGGAGAUCCGGAACCUGGUGUCUGAUUGCCAGGAGACGACGCAGCGGAGCAGCAAGCUAAUCUUCCAGACGCUGCCCAAGCACAUGCGCCGCCGGGCAAUGUCGCAUCAUCCCAAGCGGCUGCCGCGCAAAUACCGCCAGGCGCACAAAUCCCAAAUGGGCAAGGGCGGCAACCAGCCGGUCAAUGGGAAGCGGCCCUCGAGGAAGUACCGCCGGCGACCCAAGAAUCUGAUGCGCGAGUAUGUGCGCCGGCAGAGGCGCCACCUCUGGCUGGAGACGCACAUCUGGCACGCCAAGCGCUUCCACAUGGUGGAGCGCUGGGGCCACCGGCUGGCCCUCGCCAGCUGCGACAAGACCUACCGCGCCUGCUAUCGCGCCAGUGCGGAGCACUGCCUGCUCCAGGACAUCUCCUUCUACGGCUGCGUAGAGUUGCGUGGUCCCUUGGACACCCUGCGCCAGGGAUUCGCUCGACUAACCAGUCCGCAGUGCGGGCUGGGCAUCGCAGCCAGGACCUUCUUGAGCGGACGUCGCGAGGGCAGCUUGGAGCUGUUCGAGGACGGCCGGUAUCCGCAUGGCGCACUGCAGCGGGCCAGCUUUAUGUGGCGGCCAAGCGUGAAGGAUAAGGAGGAGCACACACUCUGGCUGUGGCUGCAUCCCAGUGCCGCCCAAGCUACGCUUAAGCAGUUGAUCAGCGUGUUCCAGCUCAAGUCCAAGAAGCAACAGAAGCUGCCACUGAAAGAAGAGCUGGAGGAGCACAAAAUGGAGGUGGAAACAACGGAGUCUAGGCCCAAAAAAGACAAGGAGAAUCUUGGCCAGGGAGAUGAACUAGUUAAGGAGGUGUCCAAGAAGAAACCCCUUCGCUUCUGGACACAGACAAAAGCUUUCGAGCUGCAGCCCAGUUACUCCAAUACCGAUGGCACCCUCCAUUUGGUGGAGCUGCAGCGGCAGUUCAAUCGCUUCCGUCUGACGGGCCCCAACGCCCAACGCGUUUUGGCCGCCAGCCUGCGUCCGCAUCAGGAACAGGAAGAGCUGCAGAAUGACCAAGCGAACUACUGCCAAGCGGCUCUGCAGCUGGGCUCGCCGGCCGAACUGCUCUCCAACUUAGUGAUGGGCCUCCAGGUGGUGGAUCCCCGGCUGCAGCGACCAAAGAAGCGCACGAAAGCGGAGGGGAAAGCAGAACAGUCACGAUCCCCGGGGGAUCUCCUCGUCAAUCAGCCAAAGAAUCUCCCAGAGAGUCCAUUGUGGAGCAGGGAAGUGCGCGAGCGGUUGGCCAAAGGCAUCAUGUCCACCCACACGUACGAGCAGCUGCGUCAACAACAUGCCGUGGUGCCCGGCGCUCCGUGUGCCUUCGAAAAGCAAAUGCAGGCCGUGCCGGUGAUUCUCGUACAACGACCCGGAUCUCAGGACUUCAGAUACAAGAGAUUGACCUACGGUUGCGGCUGGGAUGUGAUUGCACCGGCCGGAUACGGCAUGGCCCUCUGGCUGACGCUCACCAUGUGGGGCGCCCGCCCGGGCGGACUUAGAGAACUGGAUUCGGUGGCCAGGGAGGCGGGCACUGAGAUGCAUUUGCCGGAUACAGUGGCGGGCAUUCAGCAGGCUGCGGCUUCAGCGGAUGAGCUUCGUGGCCGCUACUUUCGGCUGCCGCCGAACAAGCGCACCAACUACCGAAAGCUGGCGGUGGCCAGUCCGUUCAGUGCUCCCUGGAAGCAGCUGGUGCGCGACUGGCGCUCGUCGCCCAGCGUUUCUACCGCCUACUACUAUGUGCUGCGCCAUCGCCAACAGCUGGAGGAGAUUGCCGAGGCAUUGCGAAAACGUAGGCCUCUGUCGGAGCCGCUGCCCGACGAAGAGGCACUCAUUCAGAUCCAACUCCGAAUGAUAUCGCGUGGUCAUGUGAAGAGCAACGCCCUGAUUUGCCUGCCCACGGAGGCGGAUCACAAGCAGCGCUGGCGGCAGAUCAAGCGGAGUGACCGCCCCGUUCAUGUGGAGCCACCGCAGCCCGAUUUGAAUGAGCAGCCACGCAAGGAUCUGCGCCAGGGGCACAAGCUCAAGCUGAAGCGAUUGCGGGCGCGAAGGGUGCGGGAAAAGCGACGCCUGCAGGAAACGGCCACCAAAAGAGUGCACAUCCGGGCGGCAAACACGGCUCACCUGGUGCGCGCCCAUCUGCAGGAGAUGUGCCGCCUGUGGCUGCCCACCGAUCCGGCGGAGAUGCGCGGCAGCGUGCGCCGGCAAUGCAGCCGCCAAGUCUUCGGCUACGUAAGCUCGGCCGGAUUCAGCUUCACGGAGGCCCUUGCCUGUGCCGUGGGAUACGUAACGACUGGAGGUCUGCAGCAACUCAUCGGGGAACUCCAAGCGCCGAGCUCCAAGGGGCCCCUGAUGUGCCUGGUGCGCGAUCCCGAUAGCCGGGACUACCGCUGGGCCAGCUUUCAGAUCAAUCUUAAUGUGGCCAGUCCAGCCUUUUAACCUGAUCUAGCCUUGGGCUUAGUAUUUCUAGAUGUUAGCCUACUAUGUACCAAAUAGAUAAUGCUAUCACAUAGCAAAGAAUGAUGUUUGAGCUAUGUUUAAAUCUGCAUUUAAACUCCUGAAAAAUUAAAAAAAAUGGAUUUGCACUCCUGAAUUUCUUAUCCCAUAACAUGUAAACUCAAAUAAUUGCAUAAUCAAUCCUAUCAUGGGCUUCCGAUAAAUAAACACCGUCGAAAUUUGUUGUA